GGGACGGCGCGGGAGCGCAGCGCAGCCCGCUCCGCCCCUGGCCCCUCCCCGGGGCGGCCAUCCCCGCGGCCCGGGUUUCGGUUUCCUUUCUUCGCCCCGGCGGAUGGAGCGUCCCGGGGCGGGGCUGGCCGGGACCGACCCGCCGAGCGCGGUUCCGGCCGGGACCAACCUCACAGCGACCAUGGCGUUCGCCGCCCAAGCGCUGCGGCUGCUGUGCGCCAGCGGCGGCUGCCUGGAGCAGGGCGAGCUCCAGCGGCGGCUGCCGGGCCGGCCCAGCACGGAGCAGCUGGCGCUGGUGCUGAGGGACGCGCAGCGGUUCACGCUGGUGCGGCGGCCCGGCGAGGCGGGGGCGGCGGCGGUGGUGGUGGUGGCCACCAGCCCGGUGCGGCUGUGCCAGGAGCAUGGCGCGGGCUGCGAGGGGCAAUGCGGGCGGCUGCACCUCUGCAAGUACCACCUGAAGGGGCUCUGCCGCAACCAGCAGGCGAGGAAGGAAUGCAAGUUUGUUCACAACUUCCACUCGGACCACAAUCUCUGUGUUCUAAAAUGGUAUGGACUUGAGAAUUUAAACAGUGAUGAACUUCGCCAGCUUCUGCUUCAAAAUGACCCUUCCCUCUUACCCGAGGUCUGCUUGCAUUAUAACAAAGGUGAUGGACCUUAUGGAUCUUGUACCUAUAAAAAGAUCUGCACCAAAUUGCAUGUUUGCCAGUACUUUUUGUGGGGACAGUGCAGAUUUGGCAGCAGCUGCAAGCGAUCCCAUGACUUCUUAAAGUCAGAAUGUUAUGAGAAACUGGAGAGACAGGGAAUGAGCUCAAACAUUAUUGAGAAACUACCCUCCAUUUAUAGGAAUAUGUAUGACAUAAAAAAUGGCAACAGGAACACGUAUGACACAGAAGAUGCCAAGUCUUCACCAUGCAAAGAGAGAAAACACAGUUCUAGCCGAGAGCCCUCAACUGCAAAUGAUGAUGAAUUGGAACAGAUCUGUUUAUAUCAUCUGUACAGAAGUUGUGGCUUUAAAGACAAGUGUAUCAGAACUCAUUUUCACUUGCCAUAUAGAUGGCAGAUCUCUGAUGGUAAUACCUGGAAGGACUUGAAGAAUAUGGAAGAAAUAGAAAAAGCAUAUUGUGAUCCCAGUAAUGCCAGAUUUAAUAAUGGUGUUACUGAAAGUGGCUCUGUCUUGUCAUGUAUCUGUUUUCUGAAUAUGCGCUGUGGGUUUGCAAAGGUUAGACGUCUUUCUACAGCCUCCUCUGUGACCAAACCCCCUCACUUCGUUCUUACAACAGAAUGGAUCUGGUACUGGAAAGACGAAUAUGGCCUGUGGAAGGAGUAUGGAAAAAAAGAUGGUGAUCAUCAAGCUGCCACUGUCUCCAGUGAUGACCUGGAGAAAGCUUAUAUAGCCAAAUGUUCCCCAAAGCUGAACUUCAAAGCUGGAAGACAUGAAUAUGAACUCAAUUUUGGAGCCAUGAUUCAGAAAAACCUUCGCUACACAACAGAGAGAGAGAUUUGCAGAAGACCUAAAUUUAUCUCUCAGACAGAGGUAGAAAAGACAAGAGCAAGGGGCUUUAAACAUACAGAAGAGUUUAAGGGCAUUCCAGCUCACUGGGACAAAUCUGCCCUGCCUGAACUGGGAUUCAAGGUUUGGAGCUUUUUUUCUCUCCGUCAGUUUUGUCACAUACAGCUGAUUGAGCUUGACAGUUCUUCUGAAGAAUACAAGAAAGUCAAAGUGGACUUUCAACGCACAAUGCCCAAAACAGUUAUUAAAAGGAUUCGUAGAGUUCAGAACCCAUCUCUCUGGGAACUGUAUCAAUGGCAGAAGGAACAAAUGCAGAAGAGCAAUGGUGGAAAGGCUGUGGAUGAGCGAUUUUUAUUUCAUGGGACCAGUAAAAAAUACAUUGAUGCCAUCUGUCAGCAAAACUUUGACUGGAGGAUCUGUGGUGUUCAUGGGACAGUCUACGGCAAAGGAAGCUAUUUUGCACGGGAUGCAUCUUAUUCUGACUGCUACUGCAGGGAAGACUUAUACAUCAAGACCAUGUUUCUGGCACGGGUGCUGGUGGGGGAGUUCACUCUUGGUAGUUCUUCUUAUGUUCGGCCUCCCUUGAAGGACAACCAAAACUUCUAUGACAGUUGUGUGAAUAACUCUUCAAACCCUUCUAUCUUUGUCAUCUUUGAGAAGCAGCAGAUUUAUCCAGAGUAUCUCAUAGAAUACACUGACCAGGCAUUAGCAAAAAUGCUAUAGCAGCAAAACCUGUCAUAAUUAUGUUUAGCUGGUAUACACAUAUUUUUAGUAUUGGCUUAAGAGAGAAAAAGUGAUUUUUAGAAGUUACGUAAUUGGGUAGGUGAGUGCUCAGAUGAUACAUUUAUUUUCUACCCUUUCUGUGCAACAGAAAAUGAGGGGUAAGAAGACACAAAGGAUGUCUUAGAAUUCUUAAAAUCCUGUGUCUGUCUCCUGUUCUUUAGCAGGUAUCAUGUUUCCCUGCAUUACUAGAGACUUUUAUAAAUUUAUUAGGUGAAUUCACUGGUGCUUGUAACAUGAGAAUUGGCUAUGACUGCCAAGUUUAAACAAUAUUUAGUUACAAUUGUUUCAGGAUAGAUCUUUACACAUGCUUGUUGGUCAGAGGCUGUCUCCUUCUACCUGUUUGUCUUUUAACUCAAAAUUUGAUAAAACCUGCUGUUUUAAUAAUCUGUCUCCUGUAACAGUAGACAUUCGAGUGUCUGCAAAUGAGACUGUACAAUCUCUGCAGUGUUGUUUUUUGUCCCUACUUAAUCUUCACCAACAAAGCCUCAAAAAUUAAACUUGCAUGUUGAAAAGGAACACAGACUUAUUUUCACUUGUUGUUUUCAAUGAGAAAAUUAAGUACCAAAGACAUGAAGCAUAGCAAGGGUUGCUUGGUGCUGUGCUACUUAGUUGACUUGCUCUAUCAAAUAAAUGAUGUAUUUUAGGUCUGUGAGAACACAAGUUUUUUCAUGACUUUCACUGUGCCUACAAAUGAGAGAGUGCUGGGACGGAGGAAGAGGAGGCACUCACCCUGUCACUUAAGAAUAUCAUACUUAGGAAUGAAAUACACUGCUUGCACUGCUUGAUUAGCAAUACCCUGUCUCUGUGGAGCAACUUUAUGGUUCUCUUAUAGCUGUUGGGAAGGACAGUGAGUGACUGUCUCUCAUUAAGUGUACUGCCCCUUUGGUUGCAGGAGAUAUGGUGGUUACCUGUGUAAUCAAGGUCUCUUUGGAUUUUCUUGCAGGAAAAACGUGCUUACCUGGGGAGUGGUCUUCAGCCACAGAGCUGAAACCUUUAAAAAUCUGAUGAUUAAGUUAAGUUGAAUAUUUAAUUUUUCCCAGCAAAAGAUGUUAUUAGUGUUGAGCAGUCAGCAUAGGUGUAUGCAGAUAAUAAGAAUAUGUGAACUGUCAAGUAUUUCUUAAGAUUAAAGUUGCUGAUGCACAAACAGAUACUUUAUCACAGCCGUAAUGCUCCUAAAUGAGUACUUGUUAGCUAUAGUGUACCACAAAAGUCUUAAGAUAUACUUUGUAUAGGACCAAAAAAAGCUCAUCUCUACCUGUAUUCUAGAAGCACUUCUUUUUAAUUCAUCUGCAUGAUGAUUGACAGAUGUACACUGGGUAAUUCUUUAUUCCUUCAGCACUGUGAACCAGGAGCUUAGCCAUGAUUAGCUGGAGUAAGGCUGUGCAGAACUCCUUUUUAUAUGCACUGUAAAACUGGAACACAAUACCUAAAGGAAAAUACCCCUAUUCUUGUUUAAACCAGUAAAACAAGAUGUGGAGAAGCAAGUUGACUGUAUUCUUUCUUUUGAAAGAUUUAUAAUAGAACAUAAAUGAUAAAUCUCAUGUCAGCAAAUGAGCUUGUCAGCAAAUACUACAUUCACUGAGGAGGAUAACAUUAUGUAUGAAAGCUGUGCAUACCUGUGCAGAAUAAGAUUUUUCUGCCAAAACAAAAAACAUGUUCAUCUACACAUUCAUGGUAAAUGAGAAUACUGGCAGUAUGCCUUUCUUCCUCUGAACAUAACCAGCAUUUCAGCAAAGAACUGGAAUAGCUAAUGUCAUGUUAAUAUUUUGCCAGAAAAUUGAAACAUCUCAGCUUUUUUAAUGAAAAAAGCUGAGAUAUUUUUUAAUAACAUUUUUGAUGGCUAGUAGUAUUUUGAAAGCCUUUAACUUAAUUCUUGGAGGUGAUGUGUAAGUGUGUGUGCAUGUAAGUAAAAUAACUGGAAUAAAAUGGCUGGUUAUGUUA